AUGCUACUAAUACUACUAAUACUACUAAUACUACUACUAUCACUGCUACUGCUACUGCUACUGCUACUGCUACUGCGACUGCUACUGCUACUGCUACUGCUACUGCUGCUGCUACUACUACUACUACUACUACUACUACUGCUACUGCUACCUAAUCCUGCUGCUUCUACUGCGGUGGUUGGCUCUGUAAAGGAGCUGCAGACGGCAGCCACAUUCAGCGUGGACAAGGAGAACAUCACCAAGGACAAUGUAGGCAAGAAUGAAGACCACGAUGGCAAGGACACGAUCACCCUCCACAACACGGGUCGCGUGGCGCUUCCUUUUCAGGUCACGGUCAGUGCAGGGAAGGGGGACAACAGCAGCUGCAUGACGGUGUCGCCCUCCAAUGGCACUCUGGCCCCCAAUCAAACCACGAAGCUGCUCCUGAACUUCGAUCUGGACACCUUUGGUUACGGCACCUCCAGCGGCUGGAUCAUCGUUCACCCCGACACUUCGGAUGACAGGGGCGCCUGCUUCCGAAAGAGCUCCUGGACCAGGUUCUCCUUGACUCGGCCGAAGCCGCGGGGGUUCCUGAAAGAGGCGAUCAUCCGCAACGGCAUCCCGCUGUCUGCGGCGCUGAUGCUGGCCCUGGCCAUGGUCCUCUACCGAGUGGUGAGCUCCCUGUUGAACUCCUACUACGGGAAGUUGGCGAAGGAGCGGAGCACCAUCGAAAAAGCGCUCUCCGCCACCCAGGAGGUCUCCUUCCCCAUGGUCCUGCUGCAGGUGCCCAUCUUCAAGGAGCUCGGGAAGUUCGUGGCCUUCGAGAACACGCUGCAGCGCUCCACCUGGCUCCACACCAUCCAGGAGAUCGACGACUUCCUGCAGAAGGCACUGAACAAGGUGAUCUUCAUGUCCCACCAGUGGACGGCCUUUGCAGAACCUGACCACACAGGCAAGCAAUAUGAGCAGAUGGUCAUGGCCGUAGAGGAGGUGAUGAAGAAGUGGAAGUGGCAGGAAAGCACGACCUACGUUUGGCUCGAUUACAGCUCCAUUCCACAGAGGCACCGUCCGUCGCAGACGGCUGCGAUCAAUUCAUUGACGGUCUACGCCGCCAAGGUCUCUGCUUUCGUCGUGGUGGCACCGCCCGUGAAGCACAAGGAUCUGGAGGAUGAGUGCAACAAGGACACCUACCAGUGCCGUGCCUGGUGCAGGGCCGAGCAGUUAUCGCACCUUUUGGCCCAGGCUGGUGACAACAUGUUCCUGGCAGAGAGCGGCCAGCUUACCCCACUCGACGAGGUCUGGCUGCAAAAGUCCAUCCAGGUGUUUGGGGAGGACAGCCAGCUCACCUGCUGCAGGCGCAAGCACGAGGGAAUGGAUAUGUGCGACCAGGAGCGUCUCGUGGUGCCCAUGCUGGGCCUCUGGGCCCAGCUCUGCCGAACGGUGAAGGCAGGUGGCGCGAACGAGAAUCUCCGGAAGAUCCACAAAGAUCUCUUGACCUUGGAGGCAGGCGUCCCCAGGAUCAAGAGGAUCUUCCCCGAGACUUUCAUGCAUGAGACGGAGAACGGGCAGGAGGAGCGUACCCUUUUCGGCAACCUUGUGGAGAGGCUGCAGGACACCCUGAACCAAGAGCAGCUGCAGCCCGCUUCCGAGAAAGACAAGGAGAAGCGCAACUUCAAGGCGUUGGCCACGGCCACUGCAGCAGCCACUUCUCUUGCAAACCGCCGCCCUGACACCUUGCAGCUGCCGGCUUCGGACGAAGCCUCGGGCAGGCGCCUGAGCCAGGUCCUAUCUCCCCCGCCAGAAACCUAG